AUGGCCGCAGAGUUCAGGACGGAUGUGAAACACGAUUUUGAUUUGGAGGUCGUUCUGGACGCUUUCAACAGCUGUAAUUUACCGGACAAUAGUUUAAACCUUGACUACUAUGUGGCAGGCUACCAGGAACUAUGCAGGUUUUUCAAACUGUCAGGAAAAUUAUUCGGAUUUGUAGCAAGUGAAUUGGAAUCAAAAAUCCAAAUUCUGAAAACUCACCGGAAGUCAGAAAAUGGAAAUGCUUAUGAAACGAUUCAGUCUAUGGUUGACUUCGAAGUUACCAAUGGAAUAACAAAGGUGUCUGGGUCUCCUCCAUCUGGGUCUCGAACACUCUUACGCCUCCACAGAGCGCUUGGAUUCAUCAGCGAAUUUAUGGACAGACUUGCGAAAAGUGAUGAUGAUGCGAAAACAUCCGUCAUAGCAUCGGAAGUAUACAAAGAAACGCUUGGACUGUACCAUCCCUGGGUUAUUCAGAAAAUGGCUGGUUUCGCGAUGUACAUGCUGCCGAGCAGACGACAGCUUAUUGAUACUAUGUGUAAACAGAAUUACGAAAAGGCUUUGAAUACAUUACCGAAAGUGGUCGACGCCUUAAAACCUAUUUAUAACGUUACCCAAGAACUUUACGAAAGUAACGACUUGUUGAAUCUACCAUGAUGGGUUUUCAUGAAAUAUCGAUCAUUGUACGAAACUCAGGAUUGGCUUGUUCGUUUUCAUGGAAACUGAUAUUAUUGUUGUCGAAGGAUUGACCAUUUACCUUGAAAGUCAGCGUAGAACAAGAUUAUUUUAUGAGCGUAAUAGUUAUUUCUUUUCAAACACUCAAAUUUAUAGUUCAUGUGCAACGGACCGCCUCCUCGAUACUCCCCAGGUGACGAUUGCUUUCGUUCUCUGCACCCUUGGAACAUGUCAUGACAAAAUUGAAGACACAAGCGAAGCAUUUGUAUUGGUUUCAGGAGAAAACUAACCAAUCACAGGCUGAUACGCCCGUUCUAUUUCGAUCCCCUUUUGUCCGGCGUCGUAAACUUAAACUUUUUAACAUUUUUGAUUUUUCAGGAAUACUCCUGAACCGAUUGCAAUGAAAUUUUACAUAAAGUUCCAUGGCUGGAGGUGAACCAAAAUUGUAACCAUACGUGCAGGACCAAAAAUUAUCAAAUUCAGUGAAACUUCAAAAAUCCUCUCAAGUCCCAGGUAUGGUAGAAUAAAGUAUUAUACUCUUCAUUGAGGGGAAGGCCUUCAGAUGCUCUACCAAAAUUGUAAUUUUGGGUUUCACAUUUCCACCAGGAGAGGGCAUAAAGUUGACUAUAGUUCAUAUAGGAAAAUCACAAUUUUGGACAUUGUUUCUUUAUUUUCUAUUAGAAAUAGUUCAAACCUGGUUAUAAUUAUUAGUUUAAGAGGACAAUUUAAUGAGAUACACAUAUUGACCUCGGCUGACCCCCACGGGCUGAUGGGCUAGGCCAGAAAUGGGUCAAAUUGACUUAGAUUUCAAAAAUGUACUACCGUCAUGAAUGGAAGAUUUUUAUAUGAAAAUUUUAAUCUUAAGUGUAAUUUCUUUUAAUUCAAACCUGGUUAGAAGCCUUAUCAUGGGACAGUAGUUAAUGUAUACACAAAUUACUUUGUCAUUAUGUGUACAAUAUAGUUAUGUGACUUUUAAAAAAACAAAAGCACUUCUUUAACAUGUUACAAGAAGCAUUUUGACUAGGGUGACCGUUAAAGCCCUUGUUGAAGAUUACAAAGGAGCGACAACCAACUUCAAAGUCACUACAAUAUACCUUUAUUUGACCCCGAACUAGUCUUCUUCUCUUGUCCACAAGAUGUCGAACACGGAACCUUCAGUUAUGCCAUGACAUGUUCCAGGGGUGCAGAGAGCGAAAGUGAUUGUAACACCUCGAGUAUUGAGGAAGAACAAACCGGUGGCCGUAAACGUUUUACAUUCCUGUUAUGAAAAAAUGGUAAAUCCUUUGUAAUGUAUGUAGACGUAAGGCGAUCUGGCAGCUUUUGUCCUUCGAUCUCAUGAGACUUUCAUCUCCACCUCCUUUUUUGUUUUUGUAGUUUUAAUAAUGAGAAGAACUUAUGCAUUCCCUUAAUGGGUAUUUUUUUAACCUCUAUGAUGUCGCAAAGCUUGUAUGAAGGUGAGGGUGUGAGGGGUGAUGGUGAAAGUGUGCGUGUGAGGGCAAGGAUGUGAAGGUGUAUGUAUGUAUGUGUAUUGUGACAGGAUAUGAGAGUGAGGCUGUGAUAGUGUAUAUGUGUGUAGUGACAGGAUAUGAGGGUGAGGAUAUGAUAGUGUAUAUGUGUGUUGUGACAGGAUAUGAGAGUGAGGCUGUGAUAGUGUAUAUGUGUGUUGUGACAGGAUAUGAGAGUGAGGCUGUGAUAGUGUAUAUGUGUGUUGUGACAGGAUAGAAGAGUGAGGAUGUGAUAGUGUAUAUGUGUGUUGUGACAGGAUAUGAGAACGAGGAUGUGAUGGUGUAGGUAUGUGUUGU